UUUUUGUGCAGGCUGAACUCGAAUUGCACGUCAGCAUACGAAGAUAUGAAACGACUGACCUCGCAUUGAUUGCAACGGGCCUGUGGCCGUGGGAUGUUCUCAGUGUGCAUGAUCCUUCGCUGCGGGCCUGUUGCAUCUGAAGGCAUGCGGCGGUUCCUGUACACUCUGUUGCUGGCGGCGGCCGCGUGCGCCGUCGCGAACGCCACCUUCGCCAAGUACCGCCAAGUGCCUGGCCAGACCGUGGGACUGCCGACGGUGCAGUGGCCCGCGCAGAGCUACUAUGUGUCGCCGGGUCAGCGCGUUAUCUACAUCAAUGGCCUGCCCUAUGCCAUCCUGGGGGAGCAGGUGCAGUACUUGCCCGCUGCGAGUGCUGGUGCCUCCGUGUACGCCGCGCCGGGCGGCCAGUUGAGCGUUCCGCCCGUGGCUGGCGGCGCGAACGUGGCAGCGCCUGUCGUCACCAGCGCUGCCCCGGCGGCAGGCCCUGUGUCCGAUCCGCCUGCGACUACCUACGGCUCCGAUGCCUCCGUGCAGGCAGACACCGUCGACAGGCCGUCAACAUAUGUCGCCCCUGUCCCGGCUCCUGAGCCCGCUCCCGCUCCUGAACCAGCCCCCUCUGCCGCUCCUGAACCCGCAGCUGCGACUCAGCCAACUGCGCUUCCCGAGCCUGCCGUGGGCACUGACUUGACCCCCGGACCCGCUGCGUCGUCCACCGCGGAGCGCGGACUCGAACCACUUUCGGAACCCGCACCGAGUACAUCUUCCGCUCCCGCUGCCGACCAACCGACCGUCUCGGUCACGGCUGGCACAAACCCAGACGCAGCACCCACUGUCUACUCGGCCGGCACGCCCAACCCGACCACCUCCGUGUACCUGAGUGGGAGCGGCGCGUCUCAGCCCACACUCCUCCCCUCCGGCCAGCGGAUCGUCAAGCUGACCGUGUCCAACCCCAGGGUGACCGUGACGCGCCGAGUGUACGACUACUCCUGGCAGCACCCUGCCCAGUACCCGAGCGGCCCCGUCCAGAUGGUGUUCUACAACGACGCCAAGGCGGGGCAAGCGUCCAUCCCUCUGGCGUCCGCCAGCAACACCUUCAAGCUGCAGUUCGACGGCGUCGCCGCUCCAGUCAACUGGCAGCCAACAGAGGUUGCAAGCAACGCCGUUGAUGACCAGCCUGCCAAGCUGACCGCCUACUCUCCAGCACAGCCGACCACCUACUCCUCAGCUCAACCGACCACCUACUCCCCAGCUCAACCGACCACCUACUCCCCAGCUCAACCGACCAUCUACUCAGCUCAGCCGACCACCUACUCCCCAACCCAACCUGCCCCGUCCGCGGCGGACUUGAUCGGAUACACGCUGUCGCAGAGCGCACUCCUGCGUGUGUACGUAGAUCCUGCGACCCGUACGUCGUACAUCCUGGACAGCCAGGGUCGCCGUGUUGACCUCCCGCCUUCGUCGCCUGAUGCAGCACCCGUCCCCAUCGUUCCGGCCACGUCUCAGUACCCGUACACUUCCUUUGGAGCGAGUGGCUCUGGCCCCACUUCCACCUUCACGACCUUUGGAGCGAGCAGCUCUACCCCGACUUCGUCCUACGCCUCGUUUGGAGCGAGUGGCUCCGCCCCGACUUCGUCGAUCUCGCCAACCUCCGGCCCGACCACCACAUCAGCGCAGUACUACGGCGCCGCCAGCGGCAUGCCAACCAACACAGUGCCUGGUGCCAGCGAAAGCUACAAGGCCCAAGACAUGACGGGACUGAAGCCCCUGGAGAGCAUGUACGCUCCCUCUACCUACAACGGCCCCGCACCACAGUCCCCCAGCUACGACAAGCCGCUUACGCUCAGCAUUUCGACCGGGAAAGAAGCUGAGAGUCCAGAGGGACCACCAUCUCCCCUCAGCCCUGGACCGACCAGGGGCGACUCUGUCGAAAAUCCCGCGAGGCCGAAGCCACUCUGGCGAUAAUAAAGCGGUUCGCCGAUUCCAGCAUGCAACGCCGUAUUUUGUGGGUGACUUCAGUUCUCGCAAAGUGCUUCCUGACUUCAAAGAAGUCUCCGUUGCGAUGCGGUUAACAUCAAACGAAACAGUGUGAAAUGUAAACCCUCUCUUGUUCGCUUAAUAAACAUAGCGUUUAGAG